AUGUCUGAUCUCAUUAUUGUCGGUGACUGUGGGGGCACAAACACCCGUCUGUCGCUAUGGGAAAUCCCCACUUCGUUCACUGAUAAGCCCAAACGCACUGAAAAAGCCCCCGGAACACUUGUGUUCGACAAGAAGUAUCUGAAUGAGAAGCACACGGACUUUGUAUCUGUUGUCAAGCUUUUCAUCGAGGAGUCGAGCUCUUCCACCACCCCCAUGGCUGCCUGUCUAGCUUGUGCUGGACCCAUUAUCAACAACACAGGUAUAUGCAAUCAAGAAUAG